CUAAGAGAGUAACCACAUAUCAUAAACAAUUCGUGAUCGUACCGAGAUACGCUAGAGAAGGAAAGAUGGAGAAACAACAGCAAAUAACAGAUGAAGUACUUAAUAUGGUAUUGUAUGGUAACCAGUUCUAUACUGUCUUCCCGUACGAUAGCUGUGAGAAGUAUCUUGAAACUCCGACAAUGGUAGAAUCCUAUCUACCCUCGUUGUAUUAUCCAGAUAAACUACAGCAAGGAAUCGACCAUCAUCCAAGUGCAUUCCGUCCGCAACUCCCACGUAAACAGUUACCAAACGGCKUACGUAUAGCUUGCGUCUCCCACGGAUGGUGCUAUCGUUAUGGCGUAUUCUGCAGCGAAAAGCCCAUCAAAUCUGGUACUCGUUUUGGACCAUACAACGGGAAUAUCUUACGCGACAAUGAGCUAAGUGGCACCGAAGAAAACGUUAGUGCUUGGGAGGUAUUUCAAGAUGACGGUAAAGUUAACUACUACAUCGACGGUAGACAGUCACCUGAUAACUGGAUGAAGUUUGUCCGCUGUGCACAUCACGUGGAUGAGCAAAACACAUGCCUGGUACAGAGAGGAAACAAGUUAUACUAUGAGACAUCACGUGACAUUAAUGAGGGCGAAGAACUUCUAGUGUGGUAUGGGGACGGCUAUGAAUUAACUCUGGGGGUACCCCUGGGGCUUCGUGUAAAAGAACCCAUGCAGGACAGAAAGACAGAAGUAACGGAUAGUCCCAGCUAUCCCUGCGAGCGGUGUGGUAAGCUGUUCGCGUACGAGUACUACCGAGAGAAACAUCUCAAGUACACUCGAUGCCUCGACAAAGGUGACCGUCGUUUUCCAUGCUCGUUGUGUGACAGGUCAUUCGACAAGCGUGACAGGCUUCGCAUCCAUGUGUUACAUGUCCACGAGAAGCAUCGUCCUCAUCAAUGUACCGUGUGUAACAAACGCUUCUCACAGUCAUCAAGUCUUAACAAACAUAUGAGAGUUCACAGUGGAGAAAGACCGUACAAAUGUCCACACUGUGACAAAUGUUUCACCGCUUCAUCAAUCCUGCGCACGCAUAUUAGGCAACACAGCGGMGAGAAGCCAUUCAAGUGUAAGCAUUGCGGGCGCGCAUUUGCGUCACAUGCAGCACAUGAUAGUCACGUGAGACGGACACAUUUACGCGCCAAAACAUGGUCAUGUGAAUUUUGUGGCCUUACAUUUUCCGAUGUAAAGCAACUUCAUUUUCACCGUUCGAUACAUGGCCAAGACAGAUCUAUUCCGUGCGACUGGUGUCAUCGAGAAUUCCCGUCAAAGUUUUUACGCGAUAUUCAUCAAAGCACUUUUGAAUGUCUUGUUGGAGAGAGAAUCCCAACUAUGCCAAUGAUGUCAUGAUCUUAAAAUAGAUGUCAAUGACGUCAUCACUGAAAAUCACAUAUCUAUUACGUCAAGACCUAACUAAACAAGUCAUACGUUAAAAUUAGAAAAUUAAAAA